UGAUAAAGUUCAAUUUGCAUUCUACGAUCGACGGAGCCUGGAUUUUUGAUUGAAUUCAAUGAAAACAAACAGCUGCAGUUUGUUAUGACAUGAAAGGGGGUUAUGUGAACUCUCUGGUACAUGCAGUAGCGGCUUUAAUCUACUUCGUAUCGCAUAUCAAUACAAAAUCAUCGGGAGUUCUUUAAACUGCGCAUGAUUCUGGACGUUUCAGAACUUAAGACUGCGACGGUUCAAGUUUGUUGUUUCAUUUUGAUUCUUCCUAUCGCCUGGUACAUCGCGUACAGUCUCUGUUUUGCAGGAAAAUCAUUUUCACUAAGCUCUCUUAAGAAGAAAUUACAUCGAAUGUAGGGGGAUUCUAAUUGUUAAGCCAUGAUCUGCGCCAAUAGCAAUAAUAAUAACGAUUCGAAACUAAAAGGGCAAGAAGCCUUGCUGGAAUGGUGCCGGCAACAAACGGAAGACUACAAGGAUGUCAACAUUCGGAAUAUGACAGAUUCGUGGAAGAAUGGACUCGCUUUUUGCGCCCUUAUCCACAGAAACAGGCCAGAUUUGAUAAACUUUGAAGAGCUCUCUAAAGAAGAACCAAGGAAGAACCUAGAGUUGGCAUUUGCUGUAGCGGAAAGAGAACUGGGUAUCCCACCAUUGGUGGACGUUACUGAUGUUGCAGAAACGCCGGAGGAAUUAUCCAUCCUCACCUACGUUUCCUUGUUUUACCACAAGUUCAAAGACCAAGAAACAGGAGAACAAAAACCAAAGAAAACGAGGAGGUACAUGUUGGACAUUCUUUGCGACGAGAAAUCAAGGGAGAAAUUAAACUUCUAACUCUGAA